GCUGGCCUACAUUCAGAGUAAGGUAGGUCACUGUUUUAAUUUUAGAACAGCAACACCUGUCCUUGUCAGUGGCUGCCAGCAUGGUCUCAGUGAAGCCUUAACACUGAGUUUGAAAAUAAAUGUUGAGAAUAAAUCAUACCUAGGGAUAUGCAUGUGGUCAACAAUGAACAAUCUGCAGGAAAACAGUGCAGCUUCUCCUGCCACUCCUUCUGUGAAAGACCUUGAGAAGAUUUUGUAUGGAGGUAAAAGGUUUGGUAAUCAUGUUGAUGAAGUUUGGCCUGACCUGUUCAUUGGAGAUAUGUCAGUAGCUAAUGAUCGCUACAGUCUGUGGAAGCUGGGAAUCACCCAUGUUGUGAAUGCAGCUCAUGGGAAGACGCACUGUCAGGGGAGUCACUACUUCUAUGGAUCCACCGUGGAUUAUUAUGGAGUGCCUGCAGAUGACUCACCGUCUUUUGACCUCUCUCGAUAUUUCUUUCCCUCUGCUGAGUAUAUUCAUAACGCACUUGACACGACAAGUGCUCGAGUUCUCGUCCACUGUGCUGUUGGCGUGAGCAGGUCUGCCUCCAUCGUCCUGGCCUACCUAAUGAUCCACCACAAUUACACGCUACUAGAUGCAAUCAAUAAGGUCAAAGAGCGCAGGUGGAUCUUCCCAAACAGAGGAUUCCUUAAACAGCUUCGUGCUUUGGAUAUGAAACUGCAAAAGACUUCAUGACCGCUUCAAAAAAUAAAGAUCUUCUGAUGCACAUAACCUCAAAACAGCUUUUUCUCCAGACAAAUGAGAGACUUGAUGACUGUGUCAGUUGAAGGAAAUGCUGUGCUUUGACUUUAAUCAGUUUGUUUCAGGAAUGGAAUCGAAUCAA